UCCAUCUCAUAAUAUCGUACGUAUAUCGCUGACAAUUGGCUAUUUUUAUAUCAAUAUGAUCUUAAACACUCGUAAAAACGGAUUUCACGAGUCAUAUUACGAGCAUGCAUGUCUGGUGGUAACUGAGCGGGACGUUUUGGACAUCGAUAUCACAGGAAUCACGGCUAUGACCUCGCUGCAGCGGCGAUGGUACGAUUUGUUUCUGCUGUCGUACACUGACGAGCGAGCUAGCGACUAUUACCACAGCACUCAUGGCAUGAGGGAAGCUCGCAGACGGCAUUUUCAGAGGCACAGGGGAAGUAUCCACCCACUGAGUAAAUUUCGGAACUUCUGGGAUAUGUUCAUAUUGCACGUUGUUAUAUUGCACCAAAUACUCAUUUACUUGAUUAAUAGCAUCCUGUUACAAAGUGUAUCUGAAUAUACAUGUUAUUGUGCAAUGGUGCUUGAAGUAUUUAUAUUUUAUGAUAUUUUUGUGAAUGCACGGACUGGAUUCAUACACAAGUCGAGCAGGAAAAUAGAACUCGACGAAAAGCUUAUUGUACGAAACUACCGCUCGAAAAAGCUAUUCUUUCAUGCCGCUUCAUCUAUACCCCUGGCGUUCAUAAUGUUUAUGCGAUACGGGAAUGAGAUAAACUGUACUCUUUGUAAAGCCAAUAACUUCAACUGCUUCAUUAGCUUCCUCACAAUCAUCAACCUGUUUAGAGUUUACGAGCUGUCUUCGUUCUGGACGCGAGACAGAACGUCGCUUAAAGCCACAGUAUUCUUUCGUAUUCUACGAAUCAUUGUCAACAUCAAUCUUAUAGUUAUACAGUUUCUACACUAUAGUGAUACGAUCAGCCUUUGCGUGGUGAUGAAAACUGAAAAAUUAUCGGCACCAACGUACAACGAUUCUUUUUUUGACAACAUAUUCGAGUUGAUACAUAUAGAAAAAGCGAAUAUAUCCGGAUUGGUGUACCUAAAUGCGCAUUUCUGGAGGGUGGUGAACUUUUUAGGUCGUCCCAGCUUUGGCACGAUAAUAGCUACGUCGAGAAUGAAGUACGCAAUAAUAUAUCCACAUCCAUUAAUGAUGUUUAUAGCAUACGGCUUGAUAAUGAUAAGCACGGGCUGGCUGCUGGUGGAAAUAAUUUAUUUCGUGACUCGCUUCAGCUACUUCGAGGACGAGAUUCUAAAAAGCGAGCAAUAUUUGUCUAACCUGGUGAAGGCGAAACAGCUGACUGAAAAAUUUCAUUCGGAUAUGAAAGAUUGUUUCGACUUUCCAGCGACGAAAAUGAAAGUAAUGGAAAUAAAAAAUGGACUAAACAAGUCUCUUCCAAAGGUUUUGAGGGAUGAAAUCGCUUGGCAAAGCUAUAGUCGCCUUUUGCUAAGGAUACCUUGGUUCAGCGACUGGCCGAAAACCGUUGUGGAACAUAUGAUUGUCUUGAUAACAGAGCGUAUAUACUUGGAAAGAAAUAUUAUAGCAGAGGUGGGUGCACCAGGUGAGGGUCUGAUGCUAGUAGAUACUGGAGUCCUGGUGGUAUACUCUCUACAAGGCAAGGAGGAGGGUCAUCUCAUUGAUGGGGACUACUUCGGGGAACUGUCCCUGGUGACCGACCGCGAGGUUAGAACAUCCUCUAUCGUGUCGGCUACCAAAUGCAAGGUUCUACUUUUGGAGAAAGUACUAUUCAGACAGAUGAUGAGGAGUUAUCCAGAUUUGUUUUAUUCUUUGCGGGAAGAGCUCAAGAAGGAGUUUUUCAGAGAUAAACCGCAAGCGUUCAAUCUUGAUCAGAUAGAGAGUCGGAACGCAGAAAGUUAGGUGAAUGCUUUUCGAUACUGCCAUGAAG